AUGAAGCGAGGGCGGAAGUCGCCACUAUUGCUUCCUGUCCUAGCACUGCUAUGGGUGACGUCGAUCAACGCAGUAAGCUGGCACAGUCAGACGCUUAUUGCUCGGAACUUGGUAUACCACGUCGACACUGGAGCGGAGCAAGUUCUGUAUCUAAAGGGCUUUAACUAUGAUGGUGCAAAGUUAUCGUACACGAUCACGUCGCUACCGCUGAACGGAGAAAUCUAUCAGCUCUCGCAAAUCUACAGCGAAUAUGGCUACGAGCCGAAGCGUGCGGCAUCACCGAUAGCAACAGUGCCCACGACAGUCACGGGCUCUAAUAACCGAAUUGUGUUUUUACGUACUCCUUUCGGAGGACCUCGAAGAGACAAUAAGUACGCUGAGUUUCGAUAUACUGUCACGGAUGGGGUGGCUGUAUCGAAUGAGGGCAUCGUCGUUAUCACUACGAGUGAUGCGUUGGUGUCUAGCACAUUCGACCUGGAUAUCGACAACUGGAGAAUCUUGUGGAACGGGGCAGGUGCCGAUUCAAGGCCACAUUUUCAGCCCAUUUCUCGUGGAGUGCAGCUUAGUUACUAUAUCUACGGCCUCGAUGCUGUUGUCCAUCGUCGUGAGGACACCGGCGAUGAUUCUAUGCUUUGGUACUUCACUGCCCCGCCCAAGUUUCUAGGUAACCACUGGGCUGCCUAUGGCGGCUCACUAGACUUUGUGCUCUCAUCGGCAGAGGGCAGUUUUGAUGCUACGAACUUGAACCUCGCGGGAAUGGGCCACCUCGUCGAGUUGGAGUGUGCGACUUGUGCACAAUUCACAGGACUAACGCUGGCCAUGCCCCUUAGUCCAGUGUUUUCGUACGACGGAACCAUCACGCAGUUCAAGCUGCCUUUGAGCGAGCUUGCUGGUUGGGUCAAGGACCCAAAGAACGUCAUCUUGUCAUGGUCACCACCUACGCAGUGCGAGUUUGUGAGUGUACUUUCAGGACUCUCAGCCUUGAGAAUUCUAGGAGAUUUCACGCGAGGCUACGAGAGCGUCGCAUUAGACUCAGUCGUUCUACGACAUGGACCAGGGCAGCCCGUGAAAUGCUAUACCUCAACAGUUUAA